GGCCCGGACCGCGCCUUCCGGAGGCAAAUCCGCGGUCUUCGUCUGGAGCAGCUUUUCCUUCUUCUUCUCCUUCUCCUUCUCCAACAGCUGUUCGCCACCAAAACCACGCCCCAGCUCUACCCCCUACUGCUUCCACCAUCCUCUGCUGCCCCUGCUGUCUCUGCUCCUUCUUCCUCUCAGCACUGCUGUCUCUUUUCGGUUUUCCAGCAACACCAACUGUUUCCAUAUCCAACAAGCAAACUCUCAGAUACACAAUAUUAUUUUCCUAUGGCUCCUCAGUGGAUUCCCCAAAACCUACAAAAACGUCUAUUGCGUUACAUUCUUGAACAGCUCUCAUUAUUCUCCGAAAUAGACCUCAAGAAUCUUGAUGUCUCGCUAGGCACCAUAAACAGCCAGAUAGUGAUCCAGGAUAUCCAAAUUGAUCCGGAGAAAUUCAAAAUCCCUGGUUUCUUUCUAAGAGAUGGCAAAUUCGAGAGAUUAGACCUAAAGUUAACUGUCAGUGGUGGUGUGAACAUUAAUGCUAAUGGCUUGAAUCUAACAUUGGCUCUAUCCAACAAUUUAAAUCUCAAUGAUUCCUCGACUAAUUCAAUAUUCUCCUUGGCUCAAAGCACCGCAGAUUUGGCUAAUAGUGUCAUGCUAGCAUCCGAUAAUGACGACUAUUUUAAUGAUCCAAAUGACUCAACUGAUUUAAAUGAUUUAAACAACUCCAACGAAUCUAAUUCCAACGAUUCUUCGGAUAACGAUACCUCUAAUAAUAAUAAUACAAACUCUACCUCCAUUCCGAAUGAUAAACCACAAAAAAAUAAUUCCACUUUCAAUACCUAUGUAACAAAAGCUGUAGAAUUAGCCUUGUCGAGAUUACAAUUUAAUUGUUCAAAUAUAUAUAUCAAACUAAUCGAUCAACUAUUCACUUUGGCUUUAAAUAUAGACCAAAUCUCUUUCAUAACUAUUAAUGGAAUAAGAAAGAUCAGCUUCAAAGGCCUAAAAGUCUCGAUAUUAAACCCUCAAAAUAUUAAUAAAGGUCUAGAAUAUAAUAAUAAUAAUAAUAACACUCACUCUAAUGACACCGACACUGAUAAUGAUACCAAUAGUAUCAAAAGUUCUAACUCAAAUUCAUAUUCCGAUAGCAAUAUUAACGACAAUGAUAAUAACGAUGACGACGAGUUUGAAUCUGAUUCAGAUAUCGAAAAUCAAAUGUCUGCCUCAUCUUUCCUAAUCCCUCAUGAUAAUCAACAAAUUAACUCUUUAAUGGAAACCAUGUAUCUUUCAACAAACGAAACCGAAACUGACUCCAUCUAUUUAAGUGCUAAUAGUGAUGUUUUAAAUUCAAAUUUUAAUAAAAGGUCCUCUUUUAUUAACAACAAAAGUUUUAUUCAUAAUAAUCCUAACAAUCUUAAUAACACAAACAAUAAAAUCUAUCCAAAUAGUAUCAAUCAAAACAGAGAACCACUUACGAACGAUAAUCAUCCUUCUUACCCAAUUUUAUUGCACAUAAAUGACAUCGACCUUCAAUUUGAAGGUUUAUCAACCGUUUCCAACUUAUCCCUAAUAAUUGAUAAAUUCAAUAUUGCAUUGUCUCCCUUACCUCAGUCUUUAGAUUACAUUUUCAAUUCUCUAGCAAGAAUUUCAAGAUCAAUUAAUAAAAAAAAAAUAUCUUCAAAUCUCAACUCAAAUAACUAUCUAAGAAAUAAUACUAGAAUCAAUUCAAGAAAAUCUUCUUUGAAUUCAAUGAGAAACCCAAUUAAUACUGAUAAUAAUUUGUCAUCAAUCAAUGAACUGACCUAUUAUCCUAAUAAUCUUAAUAAUCUUAAUAAUCUUAAUAAUCUUAAUAAUCUUAAUUUGGAUAAUAAUAAUAAACAUAACAGUGAUGAUGAUGAUGACGAUGAUGAUGAUGAUGACGACAAUGACGAUUUAAAUUUUUUUUCAAAAUUGGCCAUCAACCAAUUUGUAAUCAACUUUGAAUCUGCUUUAAAAGAUAAUGGUGAUUUUGCUUUACCUGAAACAUUACGUUUAGUUUUAAAUAAUAUCAAUAUUAAUAGAAAGUCUCAAAAUGGUCUAAUCUAUGGUGGUGUCUCAAAAUUAAACUUAUUAAAUAACAAAAAUGACAUUUUAAUCGAAUUCAAAAAUGAUGACACUAAUUCUAACGAUAUCAACAAUAAUCCAAUCAAUAGCAAUUCACUCAAUAACAAAAAUCAACGUAUAAACAAUCAAAAAGACGAAAUUCGCUUUGAAAUUUUUAAAAAUAAAUUUAAUAAAAUAUCAGAAACCACUGUAUUAUGCUCAAAACCAAUCUUUAUGAAUUUCAAUUCUAAUAAUUUUAAAAUAAUUACUGAUUAUAUCAAAAAAUUUCAACCUGCUAUUCAAAUGUUUUCUAAAAUAAAAUUUCAAUCUUUUACCUCAUCUUCACAAAUUAAAAUUAAUACCUCAAAUUUGAAUCCAAUGUCCUAUCAAAAUACUCAAAGAUUAAAAUCCUCAAAUUUAUCAAAAUCAAUGUCUUCAUCUUAUUAUUUUAAUUCAAAUUAUAACGCCAUAAAGGAUAGAGAUCUAUUCAUUCUUCAAACAGGUCUAGUUCAAUUGAAUUUAUCUAUCGACAUAUCCACUAUGAUAAAUUUCACUAUACUUCCAAUAUCUUUUAAUUCUAAUACUGGAAAGUUAUUGAUAAAUAAAGUCUUGGUCACCACUCAAGAUUUUAAAAAUGGUCCAAAUCCUGAAUAUGAAGAAUUACUCUCAAUAACUGGCUUUGAAUUGAUAAAUUUGGUUAAAGAGCAUCAAGUAAAAGUUUAUGACAGUAACUAUAAAGAAACGCUACUGUCUACAUCAUUAAUCACUACAAUUAAAGAUGUAAAAAUUAACCAUAAUUUGAAAAACCUUUUGCAACUAACCAAUAAAACUAAAUCCUUUAUGGAUAUAAUUAUUGGAAAUAAUAAUCCUUCCAAUGACGUUCCUGUCCCAAAACAAAAUAAAGAUAAAAAAUUUAAACAUGACGGUAAAAGAAAGGUUAGAAUGAGCAACACAGUAUUGAUUCAUGGAACUCAAUCUCUCUAUUGCCAUCUAGAAAUUCAAAAUAUUAAUCUUUCAUUGGAAAAUCCAAACAUCAUAGAUUUUGAUAACUUAUCUGAUAUCACACUGGUAGAUAAAUUUGGCUCAAUUACUGGUGAAAUCUCAAAACUUAAAGUAAAUUGUUUUAAAGAUAACUCAUUUCAAGUUAUCCUAAAUGAUAUAUCUUUCAAUAGGAAAUUUAGAAAUAAAAGAGGUAUUAAUAAAACUGAAAAUUUUGUUGAAAUGGCAAAUCCUGAAAAUAGGGGCUUCCCGUUAGUAAUCUUAAAGUUGAAAGAUAAUAAUGUAAGAGCAUUUUUGUCUAAUUUAAAAGUGGAAUAUUUUACCUCCUGGCUUGCUAUAUUAAACAAAAAUAAUGCAGAUGAAUCAUUGGAAUCUGAAAAGGAUCUAGUUCCAUCCACAGCAAGAGCUCAAUCAGAUAUCAAAAUUAAGAUAUGUGAUUGCGCCAUUGGUUUAAAUCCAUUGAGACUUCCUUGCAAGGGUUUGUUAUUGAUCCACAAAGGUGAUGCUGAAGUCUUGGUGGGUUCUGAUAUAUUUUCAAAAUUCACAUUUCGUUCUUUAUCUUUACUAUUGAUUGACGAUGUAUUUAAUAUCUUAGAUGCUACUGAGAGUAGAACCUCUCGACAAUGGGCACUAGCAAAUAAAAACAUACCUUAUAAUAAUCUUUCUUCAUUACCUACAUGGUCACAAUCUGCAUGGUUUUUAUCAAGAGGAUUCGCAUUGAUUGGCUCUAUAAAUUUAUUAGGAGGCUCAUUUAUGGUGAAUGAUAUCAAUAAGUUGAUCAAAAUGAACGACAAAACCAAAGCAAUUACUGACCUCAAGAUUAAUGUUGAAGUUUUAAGAUUAGAAUUAUGUGCUGAUAGUUUCCAAACCUUAUCCGCUUUGUUGGUAGAUUUGAAAGACCAGGUUAAUUUAACAAUGGAACAAAAAUACAAAUUUAGUUAUAAGAACCCAAUUGAUGUUUUUGACGGUGUUGAACCAAAAGCAUUUACGUUUUCAAAGGAUUUAAAUGAAGCAUUAAAGAAUAAUAUAGAAUUUGAUGAGAAAAAUUCUAUGUUUGGUCAAAGAUCUAUGGAUCUCUCAAGUUCCUUGGGAUUUGUAGAUAGUUAUUACGGUUCAGGAUCUGGAUCUGGAUCUGCGAGCAAUCUUGCUUCUACUAUUACAAACGGAAGUUUUGAUAAUCAGGAUUUUUUGGGACAAGAGAAUAAAAGAUCGAACAUCAAAUCAUUUGUUUCUGAUUCCUCUGAAAGUGAAUCUAAUUUUUCAAUUGACGACGAACAUUUUGACAGCAAAACCAUAUUAGAUUCCAGUGAAGGAAAUAUUUCAUUUCUGCCUUUUAAAUUAUAUUUAAAUGUGCUUAAAGGAGAUGUAUUGCUAUAUGAUGGUUAUGAUUGGAAAGAAACAAGAACAACAAUAAAAAAAGUGGUAAGAAAUGUUGAAAAAGCAGCAAGUGCGGCGGAAAUAUUAAGAGCUAAUCUUCGGAACAGCAAAUCAGUUCGAUUUGAUCCGGUGGAAGAAAGACAAUUAACUUUUACUAGAAGGGAUUCCUUGGGGGAAUACGGGUUUGCUGAUAGAAUCAAUGAAGAUGGUGAUAUAGAUGACAAUGAAGAAAACGAAGAUGUUGUUGGUCACACAAUUUUUGAUUCUAUUCAUAUAUCGUUGCCAGUUGGAAGAGAUCCUUCACAUCUAACUCGAAGUAUAAACUACAAUAUUAAUAUGAAUGACACUAAUUCUAUAAUUUCAAAUGACAGCACUAUCACAAGAAAUCUGUCCCCAAGAAAGAUUGCUUCCAGUAUUCGAAAAUCACAAAAGAAAUUAAGACUUCGACGUUCAAAAUACCAUAAAGUGAGCUUGGAAUUAAAUGAAGUUGAAGUUGAUAUGACGGUAUUUUCUUCAGGUAAUGCUAUUGUUCUGCCAUCAUCGAACGUGUACAAGUAUCGAACUGAAGAAGACGACGACUCAACAAUUUUGUUUAUUAUGGAUUUAAAAGUUCGUGAUUUUGAAAUUGUAGACCACAUUCCUACAUCCACUUGGAAUAAAUUUGCUGUAUAUAUGAGAGAAGCUGGUGAUCGAGAAGUUGGAGUCAAUAUGAUUAGAUUUCAAAUUGCGUCAGUUCGUCCUGUACCCUAUUUAGAGGCAACUGAAAUGAUUAUGAAAUGCCAUACAUUGCCUCUUAAAUUGCAUGUGGACCAAGAUACUUUAGAUUUUGUUACCAGGUUUUUCGGUUUUAAAGAUAAUCGAUUUAUUAUUAAGAUUCCAUAUGAUGAAGUUCCUUUCAUUCAAAAAUUUACCAUCAACUCUGUGCACGUCAAAUUAGAUUACAAACCUAAGAAGAUAGAUUAUGCUGGAAUCACAUCAGGUAAAACCACUGAGUUUAUGAAUUUUUUUAUAUUAGAAGGUGCUGAUAUAACUUUAAAAAAAGUUGUUGUUUAUGGUGUUGGUGGCUUUACUAAAUUGGGUGAUCUAUUGAAUGACUUGUGGAUGCCUGAUGUAAAAGCUACGCAGAUUAAAGGUAUUCUUAACGGGUUAGCUCCAUCAGUCAUGAGACUAGGAACCGGGAUGAAAGAUUUAGUUGUGAUUCCUAUCAACGAAUAUCGUAAAGAUGGAAGAGUUAUAAGAAGUUUACAAAAAGGAGCGUUUACAUUUAUUAAAACAACCACGAAUGAAUUAUUGAAAAUUGGAGUAAAGGUUGCGGGUGGAACUCAAACAUUGCUUGAAAAUGCAGAAGAAGCUUUUGGAGGAUCUGGAUCAUCAGCUAGAAUAGCAUUCAAUCAACAGGACGAACGUUUUAGACACAACAGGACGAAAUAUCAGAGGAGAAAAAACAAUACGACCCAAGACAAUAUGAACUCUUCUUUGAUCGGUAAAAGCUCUCUUUCAGUGGGUUCACUAGAGCCAAUUGGUGGUCGCUCUGUAUACAGACAGACGUUGGAAACAUUUCCCGAAGAUGAUUUCGAUGAGGAUUAUUACUAUAAAAAGGUAUCAUUUGGCAGUAAAGCUAACAAGUCAGUCAUAAACCCAAGAAGAAAUUACAUGUACAACAAUGUGUUUUCAGAUUCAGAAGAUGAUUCGGAAGGUGAAAUUCUUGAAGAAUCCAGCGAUGAACAACAGAAGAUCAUCAGUUUGUACGCUGAUCAGCCUGUGGAUGCAAAAGAAGGUAUACAGCUAGCGUAUGACAGUCUUGGAAAGAACUGGAUUGUUGCAAGAAAAGCUGUGAUAGAUGCUGGAAAUGAAGCCUCGCAAAGUGGAGGAGUACAAAGUGCAGCAGUCGCUAUUGCAAAAGCUGCGCCAGUGGUGUUGAUACGACCAAUAAUUGGAGCCACAGAAGCUCUAUCGAAGGCUCUUCUUGGUGUGACAAACCAGCUUGAUCCUCAGCAACGAUUGAACUCAGAAGAAAAAUACAAGCACUGACAGGUUUGUUCCAGAAAUGUUUUCUCUGCAAAUAUUCUAUAUUCUAAUGGCCGAAUUUUAGUUUUUCAUGGUUUUGCUAUCAUUGUACGAUUAAUUUUUUCUUGUUUUAUUUAGUUUAGUGUUAUUUUGGUAUUUAGUUCUGGUUUUUGUUGGAAAUAGUUUUUGUUUCUUUUAUUUCUUCUGCUUCUUCUGCUUCUUUUGCUUCUUCUUCUUCUUCUACGCUGGUUUU